AAACGCUGCACAGUGAUCAGCAGCAAAAGUCUGUAUUGCCUCAAGUGUGAAUGGGAAACAUUGCUCCUAAAGAGCAUGUGUAACUAGUCAAACAUCCCUGUACAAACAAGUUAAACUGCUAUUAGAGCCUUAGGGUAAUCUAUUGUAAAUAUUGCACAACAUACUCAAGGCAUGAUAUUAAUGAAGCCAUAGUCAUGGCACAUGCUCGUCAUGGAACACAGGUGAAGUGUGACUUGUAAAAUAUUCUCUGUUAGUAUCAGCAAUCUCUCAUGGGUGUGAGCAGGUAGAGUAAACACAGAUCAGCCCUCCAGCAUUAAGACUAUAGCAGGAGUACGCUUCCACUUCAAGCCUUGCUGUUGUCUAUUUGAAGACAGGAACUGCACGAAAACAGGGUUGUCUCAUCUUCUGUGGGAUCCGUUUCCUCAGGUAUUUGGUUUGCUUUGCUUCCAGUGCACACAUUGGGUUGUUAACAUUUUUUAAUUACACCAAGUUUACCUUGGCCACACAAAGAGGUUACUUAAUGAGCUUCCCAAUGCCGAGAAAAGCUAUGGCUUUGAGGGCGAUGAUCAAGAAGCAUCGUCCUAAGACAGAAGAUUUGGACCCUCGAAAGUGGAUGAGACAGGAGAAAAUGAGGGGCUUCGCUGACUUCAUAAUGAACAAGCACUCUGUGGAGACAGACGACAGCUUUGACAACGAAGAGAUGUUGCUUGAUAAAGAGAAGCAGUUUAUGGAAGCAGCUAAGAGAAAUGAUGUGGAGACCAUGAAGACUCUUGGAAGAGGGCUGAACACCAAUGCAAAGAAUAUGGAUAACAGGACUGCCCUUCACUACGCAGUAGCUGGCAAAAACAAGGAAGCUGUGCAGCUUCUUCUGCAGCAGAGGGUCAAGGUGGACCAAAAGGACAAUUUCGGUGUGGCGCCCAUUCAUUUGGCUGCCUGGUUUGGUAGUUUGGAGAUCGUGCAGUUACUGGUGCAGGCUGGGGCUGAGCAGAAGGUUGAGAACAAGGAAGGACUGAACAUCAUGCACUGUGCUGCUAUCAACAACCACACUGACAUUGUAGAUUAUAUAGUUAAUGACCUGCAGAUGAGAGAACUAGACAAAGAUGACCAGUCAGGACACAGGCCAUUUGCAUUGGCGGCAGAGCAUGGCUGUGUUGAAAUGAUGGAUAUGCUGAUCAUGCCAUACAACAUGGGCACCAUGAAGCCCAACAAGAGCGGGGACACGCCCCUGCACUUAGCUGCCAGGAACGGCCACUUGGACGCCAUCCAAUCGCUGCUGCAGAACUUUGAUACACGGGAUGAAGUCAAUAUGGAAGGUGAGACAGCUCUGUAUCAGGCUGCAGACAACGGUGAGGAAGAAUGUGUCUUGACCCUGCUUGAGGCUGGUUGUGACCCCAACAUCCUUACAACGGCCAAAUGCAGUGCUCUCCAUCCAGUUUCAGAAAGAGGAGACACGUGUCUUGUCCAAGUCCUCUUAGAUUACGAAGCAAAUACGGACUUCCAAAAUCAGCACCUAGAGGCUCCUAUCCACCUGGCAGUGAAGAACAGUCACAUCCCUGUCAUCCAUUCUCUACUGAGGGCUGGCUGCAACGUUAAUGUCACCGAUAAGAGGUCCCAGACUGCUAUGCAUCUCGCUGCAGAGGUGGCAAGAAUUGAAGUUGUGGAAAUGCUUCUUAAAGCCGGGCUGGAUCCGACACUCCAAGAUAAGCAGGGUAAGACGGCUCUGGGUGUGGCAGUCAGAGCAGACGAGGCGAUUAUUGUGGACAUGAUCAUCAAAGCAGAAAGAUACUACGCCUGGAGGAAGGCCAACCCAGAUGUUGAUGAGAGAAUUCACAGCGAGUGUCCGCUAACGUUUAAACUCGACCACCGCUACGAGACCAAGCAGCUCCGUUCGAUGGCCUGGCGCCUGGCGUACGAGCUCCUGAAACCAGGAGACUGGAAAAGUCUCGCAGAACACUGGGGCUUCACUCAGGACCAAGUGUCAGCUAUCGAGGAGCAGUGGACAGGUCAGCACAGCUAUCAGGAGCAUGGGAACAGGAUGCUGCUGAUCUGGCUCCACAGGGAGGAGUUGGCUCAGAGGAGCCCUGCUAAAGAACUCUACCAGGGCCUCAUCUUCACAGGGAACAAGAAAGCUGCAGAUAUGAUUCGGAUGGAGUCGGAGAGUUCCAGCAGUAAGCACUGCAGCAUUGUAUGAGGAUGAACAGUGCAACAUAUGGACUCACAAAAACGUCAUGUCAUUUUCAACUACUGCUCUGUACAGGAAGUUAGCAGUAAAAUUAUUUAUUUUAAAAAUAAAAUUGUGCAUCAGAUCAUUAACAUAUGGCUUUGGUUUAGUAAAGCAAACAACCUGUGGUGUUGGACGGUCUGUCUCAAUAGAAAACUUCACUAAAAUAAAUACUUAAAAAUAUGUGUACAGUGUUACAGUACAGGCUCACCUGUGCAUAAUUUAAAGUUAAACUUUUUCAUAGAAAUAAAUGUCCAUUUUGCAAUUCUAAAAUGUGUCCAGCUGGUAAUAAUUAAAAACAUUAACAUGUGCAGUUCUAAA